AUGGUGUUAGGGAGGGGAGGAGGCCCCUCAAGAGCCCAAGAAGGCCUAGCUGCAGCCCAGGGAUGCCCAGCAGACGCGGGAGGCGCAGCAGCAGCAGGAGCAGCAGAGGCAGGAGCAGAAGCAGGGGCAGAGGUAUGCGCAGCAGCAGAAGCAGCAGCAGAAGGCAGCAGCCGCAUGCAAGGCGCAGCAGCCAAGAGGUUAUUAAGAGACGUAGUACAAGCUCCCCACACCGCCGCCCCACAACAAGCCCCCCAGCAGCAAGACGGCCGGGGAUCGGAUCCGAGGACCACGGGAUCCGAUCCCGGGAUCGUGAUAUCCGAUCACGAGAUCGUGGCAUGGGGUCGCGGGAUCGGGAGAUGGGAGGAUCCAGGGAUCGGGAUCGUGGGAUCGGAUCCCGGGAGCGUGGGAUCGGAUCCCGGGAUCGUGCGGGUGGAUCGAGAGAUCGUGGGAUCGGAUCCCGGGAGCGUGGGAUCGGAUCCCGGGAUCGUGUGGGCGGAUCGAGAGAUCGUGGAAUCGGAUCCCGGGAGCGUGGGAUCGGAUCCCGGGAUCGUGUAUCCCGGGAUCGUGUGGGCGGAUCGAGAGAUCGAGGGAUCGGAUCCCGGGACCGGGGUGUCCGAUCCCCGGAGAGGCCGCCCCGCCGCAGCCCUUCCCGCGGAAGUCGUCGUAGCAGCGCAAGCAGCAUGA